GUUCUUCUCCUCUUGAUUUCCUCCUAUUCAUUUCAUUUGACCCGAUUCGGUUGACUUCAUGGACCAACCGCUACAACAACAACAAACCACCACCGCCGAGGUCGUUAGGGAUUCCGAUUCGCAGCUUUCUGGAGUUCCCUCCGAUGCUGACGUGGCCGAGAGAAGAGCGGCCUCUGCCUGCGCUCCCAACUCGGAGGUCGCCGUACCGGACGCCGCUGGUUUGAAGAGGAAGCGCGGUCGUCCGGCCAGGGGGGUUCCGAGAGCCACGGCGGCUCCUGCUCCGGUGAGGCAGAAGAAGGAGGAGGAGGAUGUUUGCUUCAUAUGCUUCGAUGGCGGAAGCCUCGUUCUCUGUGAUCGCCGGGGUUGUCCUAAAGCGUAUCAUCCUGCUUGUAUUAAGCGAGACGAAGCCUUCUUUCGUUCAAAGGCCAAAUGGAAUUGCGGUUGGCAUAUAUGUAGCGUUUGUCAGAAGGGAUCCCAUUAUAUGUGCUAUACUUGUACGUAUUCUUUGUGCAGGGGAUGUACAAGAGAUGCUGAUUUUGUUAGUGUAAGAGGAAAUAAAGGAUUCUGUGGAAUGUGCAUGAGAACUAUAAUGCUGGUUGAGAACCCUGGUCAGGAAAAUAAGUGUGAAGUUGAUUUUGAUGACAAAACCAGCUGGGAGUAUCUUUUCAAGAUGUAUUGGGUGUGUUUGAAAGAGAAGCUAUCUUUGACAGUAGAUGAGCUCCGCCAAGCUAAAAAACCGUGGAGAAGUGCUACUCCUUUAAGUUGUAAGGUUGAAACUCCCCAUCAACUUUAUCAUCUUAAGGACGACAAAGGUGCUGCUUCUGAGAACUCUUGUAUAGACAUAGAAUUUGAUCAUUUGACAGACAAUAAGCCUAAGAGAUGUGAGAAACAAAUAUUUAUUUGGGAUGGUACCUGGAAUGACGUUAGAUACCGUACACAAGACAUUCCAGUUACCCGGGAGCUGAUUGGAAACAUAUGUACAAUGCCAAACCAGGUCAACCCUAAUGUUGUAGCUGUUAAUAAUACUAAUGUAGGAGUUGUAAAAUCAGAACCAUCUAGUGCUGCAGUGGACAUUUCAUCAUUACUUCUCUCUACGGGGAUGGAGCAGCCGUUUGACAAUUUUGUGAACGAUAAGUUGUGGCAUUAUCAGGAUCCAUCUGGGAUGGUUCAAGGACCCUUUUCUAUACUGCAGUUGCAUAAGUGGAAUGCAAGUGGACAUUUCCCUCUGGACCUCAGAAUAUGGAGGACAUAUGAGACACAAGAGAACUCUAUAUUGUUGGCUGAUGCACUUGUUGGGAAGUGUGCCAAAAAUGUAUCCGUGCCUUACAACAGCCCGAUGUCUUUAGAGUCCUGUGUUACAUUGGAUAAUAAAGAUAACAUUCAGGAUGGUGGGAGGAAUGAAACAAGGGUGGAAAUUCAUGCUGACAGCCGAAUUAUCAAUUCCGGUGGAGCUGAGAAGGUUGAUGAUGCUGGUACCCCGUCUAACUGUAAAGAUGAAUCUGUUAGGAGCAAUGGUUUGCAGUCUCAUUCUUCUAGUUGGAAUAUGGCAGUCGACAUGAAUGAGGGGCAAAGUGGAAAUCUUGAAAGGAGAGAGGAGUCGUCCAAAUGUGAAAUUUUGAAUCCCAUCCAGCCCAAUUUGCUACCUUCAACCACCUUUUCGAAGAAACCAAAUGAAAGCUCUCCUGAUACAGUACAGGAAGGUCAUGGAGUUGAGGGGAACACUGAAGAUAAUGUGAACCAUUGCCAGAACAGGACUCCUGAAGGCCAGAGUAAUAGUGGGAGUUACCAGAAAGACUGUGAGGAGAAUUCAGGGCAGUCUUCUGGGCAGAACUGGGAAUGCCCUCAAGUAAUUAAUCCAACGUGUAAUACAUCUAUGUGGCAGGCAAUCUUUGGUGAACCCGCCGAAUUUGGCUCUUUAGUUGAUGAAUCGGUCUCUGAUCUGUUGGCUGAAGUAGAGGCAAUGGAGUCACUUGGUGGUGGUGGUUUGGAGUCUCCCACUUCAAUCAUGAAGUGUGAUGAUGAAUUGACAGAUGGUUCUAAAAAUGAUUGUCUCAGUUUUGCACUUGGCCUUGGCCUUGGCCCCAUGCUUGAUGCAGGGAAAGGUGAUUCAUUGAGCUCAACAGGUGACUUACACUUACCAUCGCAGUUCACGACAGCAGAAGAACCAUUUCGGCAUGCUGGUGUGCACCAACAUCAAAGAAUACGCGGGGAUCAUUCUUCUAGCAGUUCUGUAGUUCAGUCUACUUUCUCUAGCAUUAGCUGGAAUCCAACCAGUCAAUACUCCUGGGAUCCUAAAUGUUGACGUGGUAAAUGACGUGGAAGGCCAUCCUUCAUGUCUGUAGGGUACGCAAUAGAAGUUAGACCGACCCAACUAGAGAAUUGGAUACCGGAUUAUCUAUCCUGUUUAUAUAUAACAGCAUUCUUUGCAAACUGUAAUCCCUCGCCUUUCUUCAUUGUUUGUAAGGAAGAAAAGGAAAGAGCGGGGAGGGGCUUUCGGUAGUAGUCAAAGUCUCACCUACUUGUUUAUUUUGCUUAUGUAAUUUCAUUGAAUUUUGAAUGUGAACAAACUUCGUAUCGAACUAAUGAGAUUCCUCCAUAUUCAAAAGAAA